GCGGCGGCGGCGGUGGAGGAGUCCCCCCCCCCACUCCCUCCUCCCUCCCUCCUCCAUCCUUCGUGGAAACACCUCGGGCUCCCUCUCCGCGCACAUUUAUGCCUGAGCGGAGCCGCCGGUCGUGCCGCCGUGUGCCGGGAGAAUGCGUCCGGGAGCGCGCCCUCCGCCGCUGGAUGCGGUGCGCGCCUCUCUGUGCCUGGUAGUCCUCCUGCUCCGCGGCGUGGAGCCCGCUGCCGCUGCCGCUGGUUCUGCAUCCGAAACCCAUGUUCACAGUGGGGAGAACAGGCAAGGUCCAGGCAGGAGCAUCCUUGACAGCAUCCAGAGUUAUGAGAUUACUUCUCCUGUAUGGCUGCAUCCUGUCAGACACAAGAGGUCUGCCAUCAAAGAGCAUCCAGCAGAGGCACAAGUCCUGAUAUCAGCUGAGAGCCAGGAGCUCAGACUCCACUUAGAGAGGAACGAACAGCUGUUGGCCCCCGGCUAUCAAGAAAUAUGGUACACGGCUGACGGAGCUCGCAAGUCCUCCUCUCCCACCGACUCCGGACACUGUUUCUACCACGGCACAGUUGAAGGCUUUGAAGAGUCGAGUGUUGCUCUCAGCACCUGCUCAGGACUCAGGGGACUGAUUUCCCUGAACGCAAGUGUCAGCUACCUGAUCGAGCCUCUCCCUGCCCCGGCGGAGCCUCAGCAGCACGCCGUGUUCAGAGCCGAGAGUCUCCAUCUCCCCGGAGGUCGCUGCCUCCAUCACCAUGGCAACGAGGAGGAGGAGGAGGGCGUGCUGGGUGACUUCAUCCGUGGGAUGGCGUCGCCGCGGAGCGUCAGGAAUAAGAGGGAACUGAGCCAAAAUAUGAUGUACGUGGAGCUUCUGUUGGUGGCCGACAAAGCGGAGUAUGAGAAGCACGACAGUAAUCUCGAGAAGACCAAACUGAAAUUACUUGAAGCUGCCAACUUGGUUGACAAGUACUACAAGGCCCUGAAGAUCCGCGUGGCGCUGAUCGGCCUGGAGGUGUGGACCGGCCAGGACCUGAUCGGCGUGUCCGAUAACCCUCACAGCACCCUGGCAGCUUUCCUGACAUGGAGACGCAAGCAGCUGCGCGCCUUGCCCAACGACAACGCCCAGCUCAUCACGGGGAGGCCAUUCCAGGGGACCACCAUCGGGCUGGCUCCUCUCAAAGCCAUGUGCUCCGACUACCAGUCUGGUGGAGUGAACACGGACCACUCAGAGUCAGCAGUCGGUGUUGCAGCCACCAUGGCUCACGAGAUGGGCCACAACUUCGGCAUGAGCCACGACAUCGCAGGCUGCUGCCAGGCCAAGGCGGAGGACGGGGGCUGCAUCAUGGCUGCUGCUACAGGGCAUCCGUUUCCACGCGUGUUUAACGGUUGCAACCAGAGGGAGCUGAAGAGCUACCUGAGCUCCGGAGGAGGGAAGUGUCUCUUCAACAUGCCGAACACCAGAGCCAUGUACGGAGGGCAGCGCUGCGGCAACGGCUACCUGGAGGAAGGAGAGGAGUGUGACUGUGGAGAGGAGGAGGAAUGCACCAGUCCCUGCUGCAACGCCAACAACUGCACCCUGAGAGCCGGAGCUGAGUGUGCACAUGGAGUCUGCUGCCAGAACUGCAAGCUGAAGAGCCCGGGUGUGCUGUGCCGUGCGCCCUCGGGGUCGUGCGACCUGCCGGAGUACUGCGAUGGAAAGGCAGAGUCUUGUCCCGCUAACUUCUAUCUGGUGGAUGGGACUUCCUGUGCAGGCGGACAGGCCUACUGCUACACCGGCAUGUGUCUGACCCUCGAGCAGCAGUGCCGCUCGCUCUGGGGACGAGAUGGUCGCUCAGCCCCUGACCUGUGUUUCAAGAAGGUCAACGAAGCAGGGGACAUGUACGGGAACUGUGGCAAAGAUCUCCUCGGGAAAUACAGGAGCUGUAAAGAAAGGGACGCCGUAUGCGGCAAAAUCCAGUGUUUGACGUCGGCUUCCAAGCCCAUUGAGAACAACGCGGUGCGCAUUGAGACCACGGUCACGGUGGGCAACAGGAAAGUCAUGUGCAUGGGAACGCACGUGUACAAGCUGGGCCAGGGCGACGAGGAGCCGCAGGGCGACACGCUGGACCCGGGUCUGGUCAUGACGGGCACCAAGUGUGGGGAGGACUCGAUUUGCUUCAACGGAGAGUGCCGCAAUGCAUCUUUUCUCAGGGCGGAUGAGUGCAACGCCAAGUGCCACGGACAUGGGCUGUGCAACAACAACCAUAACUGCCACUGUGACCCCGGCUGGGCUCCUCCUCUGUGUGACCAGCGGGGGUCAGGAGGGAGCGUGGACAGUGGACCUGUCAUCAGCCACAGUCGCCUUCUUCGAGUGCUGCUUGCUCUCCCCUUGACCCUUUUCGCGGUCUUGGCUGCCAUUGGACUUUGGUGUCGCUACAAACAUAAGCUCCGCCCACUGAAAGCCCCUGUUCCCUUACCAGUGCCAAAUUGUUCGAUCCCGGUUGAGAGCAAGCCUCAGCAGGCUGACGGCGAUGUGGCGGGUCACGCCAACCCCAUAUUCCGACUGAAGAAACAAGACUCAGACCAUCUGGGGUCGUCCUCUCCUCACCCGAGCCCGUCUUGCCCGGCUCGACCCAGACCCGCCAUUGUGCGUCCUGCAGUGAAGCCCCCUCCCGUUCCAGCCUACACUUCAGGGCGCAGGGAGCAGACCCCGCCGGCCCCGGUCCCGCCCGGGACUUCCUGCCAGAAGCAGUACCCUCCUCAGGCUUACACCCCGCCACCUUUAAAGUCCGCUCAGCUUCACGGGCAAAAACCACACCAGAGUUCAGGAACUCCACUUCUGCCUUCUCUGAAUCACGAAAACCGCUCAGAGCCUUCAGCGAUGUCUAAACCUCGACCGGAACCCCCAAACAGACCUCCACCGCCGUGUCCCGUCAACCCAGCACUGGAGCAACAUGGAGGGAGAGGCCUGCAGGUGACCACUAAUGCCCUGCAGAGAGGAAAGGCUGCUUUGGUGCCAUCUGCUGGACAGAAGAAGCCAAACAGAUCCUAAACUACCAUCUCAGGGAGGCAUUGGGGAUCACCACGUACACCCAAUAACAGACUGCCUCAAACUGUACUUCUAGCAGGUAGCUACAAAAUGUGACACUGUAGGACAAGAUGAAUACUUGACACUGUAUUUAUAUUCAUGUGCACUGAACUGGAGUUUAAAUAGCUGCAUUACGGUAGA